CACACAAUUCGUUAUUUACGUGCAGUUAGUGAAGGAGGGAUAGGCGGAAUUGCGCUGAAUGACACACAACAGAAGCGCUCUCUCGCGUGCGCUAUCUCUCUCGAUCAGUUCUGCUCGCGCCUGAAUAGUCAAAUACAUGUGCACACAGAUGUCUAAUGUCUAAUGUCCAUCGUAUGGAGUAUCUUGCGUGAAUACAUAGGGCUGGGGUAAAAAAAUCGAUUUUUCGAUUAAUCGUUUUUUAAAAUGUAGUCGAUUCAAAAUCGAUUCUCAAAGGCCACGAAUCGAUUUUUUUUUCCAUAUUUAUUUCCGCAAACAUUGAACGUAAGAUAAACGUUAAUCCAAUUACGAGUCUUCUCCACUAGAUGUCACCCUCUUAUUUGCCUUACGCGAUGUCACCAAGGAGCGAGAGGCGAACUUGUCAGCCGUGUUUCCACUGUCGGGCCUAAAGCAGGCGUGCUAGUGCAUGCCAGUGCGUGCCAGGGCCAGUCACGUUUCCACUGUCACUUCUGGGGCUUGAUCGUGCCUCGUCGGGGCUUCCUCGGGGCCAACGGCCUGGGUUUUUCGGCCCGCCGAAUACCUUGGUCCAAAGCGGGCCAGCUCAUGCUUUUGAGGGAGUGGUUACGAACAAAGGCGGAGUUCAUUUGUGUGUGGAGACCAGACGAAGGCGCCGCCGCCAUGGAUGAUACAUGUAGGUAAUGUAGGCUGGGGCGCUGUAAAGGGGGGGUAAACAAUGACGAUUCUCAGGGCCCAUGACUAAGAGGGGGCCCAGAGAAGCCCCCAAUAAAACUGUGGUGCUAAAAAAAAAUAUUUGAUAGUAAAAAUUAUUAACUUUAAAUUAUUCUAUUUGCUGUUUCCUGGAGUCAAAAAAAUGUAUUUGUUUAGGAAACACAAACGUCCGUGGGCCCCUCUCCCCCUCUCGAUUAUCAUAAAAUGGUUCAGUCCGCCCAAAUUGUAUCCAGUAACCAAGGCAACACAAACAGCUUGACUUCACUUAUAGCGCCGGCCCAGCAGAUUCAACUUGACAGAGGAUGUGAAAAUGCCUCAAAAAUCUGGAAAUCAAAAACGGAAAGAGAAAAAAAUAAGAGAACUGAAAGAGGCAAAGGGUCGACAGUAUGUUACCCAAUAUUUCACAAGAAAAGAGUCAAAUGAACCAGCAGCAGCAACUGGUCCGGCUGUCUCCCAACCCCUAACUCCAGCAUCCCCUGAAUCAGCCUCUGCGCUCCCACACGAAGAAGAAGUUCCAGGACCCUCUUCCUGUUUGUCAGGGAGAACUGAGGAAGUGGAGGAAGAGAUGGAAGAGGGUACAGAUGCAAGUGAGAGACAGAUGGCAGAGAGUGAAGAUGGAGAUGCCGAGGAUGGACUGAAUGUUGAGGGAUUUGAAAGGAAAGAAAAUAUUGUGACAAAUGACCCUGGUUUGUGGCCAGCAGUUUGUACUGAUCAGGAUAGGGAGGACAUAGUCAGAAAAUUGGCUGUGACCAUGAGAGAAAAGAAAGUGGAAAUGCCAUGCGAUUCAGGGGGGAAGCCGUUCCCUGAAUACUUGAAUUAUACAAAGUCAGCCAAUAAGAGAGAAAGAAUUAAGAGAGACUGGCUUACUUUUAGUCAAAGCAAUCAGUCACUUUAUUGCAUACCAUGUGUGCUUUUCUCCAGUAUACAGAAAAAGCCUUCCUGUAGUGCACUGGCCAGUCAAAAUGGGUUUAAAAUGUGUCAUGUGAAGUGGCGUCACAUGUACAAUAAACUCCCAAUCCAUGAGAGGAGUGAUGCACACAGAGACUGCUACUUAAGAUGGAAAAAUCUGCAAACAUCUGUUUUACAAGAUAAAGGUAUAGACUCUCUGUUAAACAGGGAGUUCCAAACAGAAAUUGAGAAAAAUAGGGCCAUCCUGGAGAGACUGUUAGAUGUUACCCUACACCUGGCCUCAAGAAACUUGCCUUUCAGAGGCAAAAUAAGCGACUUAUAUGACGUUCAUAAUGGCAAUUUCCUAGGCACACUGGAGCUUUUGUCACAUUAUGAUCCUCUGCUGAAAGAGCACUUUCAAAAAAUCAGGGACAACAAACAAAAAAAAAAAGAAGGAAAACAAACCAGGCUAACACAUUAUCUUAGCUCUGAAAGUCAAAAUGAGUUCAUCAACUUAUGUGGCAGACGAGUUCUGAAAAGAAUUCUACAGGAAAGGGAGGAUGCCGUCUAUUAUGCAGUCAUCGCCGAUGCCACACCAGACAUUUCCCAUACAGAGCAAAACGUGGUGGUACUACGGUAUGUCAAAUAUGACAAAGAAAAAGACGAGUGGGAGAUCACUGAGAGGUUCCUUGAAUUUAAGGAUUUUUACAAAAAGACAGGGAGUGAGAUAGCAAAGAUGAUUGAGUCUGUUCUUUGUGAGCAUGGGAUUGACAUCAGUGAUUGCAGAGGACAGGGAUAUGACAAUGGGGCAAAUAUGUCAGGGAAGGUAAAGGGAGUCCAAGCUGAAAUACUGAGGAAAAACAAGCUAGCUACUUAUUCACCUUGUGCCUCUCAUACAUUAAAUCUUGUCGGCGUACAUGCUGCACAAUCAAGUCCAGAUGUAUCCACCUUUUUUGGCUGCAUAAAUCGCCUGUACACAUUUGUAAGUAGCAGCCCAGAGCGCUGGGCAAUCUACAAAGAGCAAACAGGUUCCUCAUUGCAUCAGCUAAGUGAUACCCGCUGGAGUGCAAGGAUUGAGGCUGUUAAACCUGUGGCAAAGCACCUACCUUCUGUCAUCAAUGCACUUGAUAGCAUACUAAUGACUUGCAGUCUCACCAAUGAAGCAAGAUCAGAUGCUAAUGGUCUCAGAAAAUACUUCAUGUCAUUUGAUGCUAUUCUUCUUCUCACCAUCUGGCUGAAAGUACUGCAAAGCAUUGAUGACAGGAAUGUUAUUCUCCAGUCAGGGAAAAUCUCACUUGACAUAGAGGCAGCCAAUAUCGGAGCCUUGACAGAAGAGAUGCAGUCUCUGAGAGAUGCAUGGGGGUAUCUCCUAGCUGAGGCAAAGUUGAUAGCUAGAGAAGCUCAUGUUACUCCUCAGUUAAGCAAGGAGUGCAGUCGCAAGAAGAAAAGAAAGAGAUUCCAUGAUGAAACCUGUGAAGAGGAGACAACUUCAGAAACAGAGUUUCGGAAUACUGUGUUUUACACUGCUAUGGAUAGUAUCAUCAGUGACUUAGACACUAGGUUCCAGAGAAUUGCUGAUAUUGUGAACGAGUUUUAUGCGGUUCUGAAAGUUGGGCAGAUUAGUGAGGACAAAAUCUCUUCUGUGUGCCAACCACUGAUCACUAAGUAUUCCAGUGAUCUAACUCCUGAUUUUGAAAAUCAAGUAAGACACCUAAACCGUGUAUAUGCUUCCAACUUCCCCCCUAACCUGUCACCUCUUGAACUCCUAAAUGCUAUUUGUAAGCUGCAGCUGCAAAGCAUCUUUGGAGAAGUGUGCAUUGCUUUGCGUUUAUUUAGCACACUGCCAGUGACUGUUGCUGGUGGGGAGAGGGCAUUCAGCAAAUUAAAACUGAUAAAAAACUACUUGAGGUCUACAAUGUCUCAAGAAAGGCUUUGCAGUCUUGCUAUGCUUUCCAUUGAGAGCGAGUUGGCUAGAGAGCUUGACUUCAAAGAUUUGAUUAAUGAUUUUGCAGCUGAAAAGGUGGUGCUAACUGUCCCUUUGCUGUCUCUCACAGAAACGGAAAGAUCUUAG